AGAAACUGAGAGAAUCAGAGAGAGUGGAUAGCAAGAGGAGUAGAGUGAAUGAAGAUGUGUGAGGAACUGUCUGAAACUCAGAAGAAGGGAGAGCAGAAGAGGAGUCGUGAAGAGGAGGUGUCGGAGUCUUAAAGGAGGAGAAGAGGAGGGAGAAGAGGGGAGGAGGAGAACAGAAGAAAGUAAGGGGAGGAAUCCUGAGGAGGAGAGAAGGAGAACAGAAAAAGAGAAGAGGCGGAAUCGCGACAAGGAGUUGGAGUAUUGGAGUUGUGAGGAGGAGAAGAGGAGGGAGUGGAGGAGAGGAGAGGAGGAGAACAGAAGAGGAGAAGAGGAGGAAUCGUGAGGAUCAGCAUGGCCAACUCUACUCUGCCCAUUCUGGAAAUACUACAAGCAGCAGACAUACGAGAGCUGGUCCUGGCAUUCUGCCUCUCCAUGGUGGUGGGCUUGUUGCUAGGCGCGUUGGUCUACAUGUUGUUGACGUGGAUGUCUCGGCGCAAAGCGUCCGCUAGCAUCACACGCCCGACAACUCGCUCCGGCAACCGCCCUAGCAACCGCUCGUCCUCACCACGUUCCCGGCCGUCGUUCCACCGCACCAGCGGCACAGGCUCCACCACUGAUCGCCGUAGCAACAACAGUCUGGCCAGUGCCGCCUUUAGUCUCCACCGACAAGGCUCUGCCCCCGACACCGGUUACUAUGGAGACGAAUUUGGACGCAAGAGCAGCUUCCGCGCCUCCACAUUUCACCCACUGCUGCAGGUCAGCCACAUUGCGCGUCAGGCAGAGGAAGGGAGUCAGAGCCAACAGGCUACGCUGCCCCGCACACACACACUCACACUCCCUGCUAACAGCCCCACUAACAACACCACCACCCCUGGUGCCACCCCCACCACCACCCCUGCCCCCGCCAUCGCCGCUGCUGUGGAAUCUUCAGUCUCCAGCAUCCGAAAGCCCCGUCCAGACUCCUUCUGGGGAAACCCCGCCCCCAGCGGCCUGGAGAGCCCCCAGCAAACCCCGCCCCCUGCCUACAACAGCAUCAUACGAGCCUAUCAGGAGAGCCGCACUUAAGAACUGCCCACAAUAGCAUCAUAUUGGCCAAUCAGGACAGAAAAAUGAGAAAAGGUCGUGCCAUGUGUAUGUUCUUUAUGGUGCAACCUUUUUCUAAUUUUUAAGUGUUAUAAUAUUUUGGUCAGCACUCUCAAAAGAAGAAAAACUUGUUUGGUGAAGCCUGCUCCAACCUUUCUGAACCAAUCAGGACAGAGACACUAUCUUAAGACCCACCCACAGGAGCACCACACAGGCCUUAUAGGAAACACACUCAAUCAUUCAGACCACUCAGGAGAGCUGUAGUUAAGACCCACCUACAAGAACCAAAGAAUUUUGAGCGACAUGAUUGUUCUCCUAAAUGGUGUCAUUGAGAGCACAAAGUGCAAGCAAGUGGAUAAAUCCGCCAGCCGACAAGACAACAGGUUCUUGUCAUACACUGUGCAGGGCUCCAAUGGCACUUCCAGUGAUAAUCGCCUAGCUGCCUAGCAUUUUGGAAUCCCUGUGUGCGCACAGAGUCAUCUGUUUGUAAACAUUUGGAAUCCAUGUAUACAGUACAUGAGUGCAGGUCAGUUUUCUAAACUCGCAUUCUUCCCUCAGCCCAAUGUCCUUCAUGGGGUACACACUAGGUUACAUCCGUUACAUGGGUGCAGGUCAGUUCUCUAAACUCGCAUCCUUUCCUCAGUCCGAUUAUGUCCUUACGGUUAAGUCAGUUUUAUAUUGGACAUUCAAACAUUCAAACUACAGUACAAAUAACAUGAUGCUUUAUAUCUGUAAAAGAAAUGAUGACUUGUGUGGCACAUGGGGAAAUCUGUCUGUUUCAAAAUCACAAGGCAAAGUUACAAGUCCAGGCAGUCUUAUAUUGUCACAUGCCCCCUGAGGGAGCGCUGUGUGUGUGUGUGUGUGUGUGUGUGUGUGUGUGUGUGUGUGUGUGUGUGUG